CGUGGUGACGACGCUGCCCCUCCCCUUAGCGAACUUGUCCAAAGAGACGAUUCGCGGUUGCCGUGGAGACGGUAGAAGCUUCUCUGGAUACAGAAGCCGCGUGGAGUCAGACUUGGCCGUAGCGCUCACCUGAAGGAAUCUAUAAGCGAGAGUGUCUGGGGAAGUGAGACAGCUACAGACACUGACACUGCCCCACGUACCAGAGUUAGGGGCAGUUAGAGACAUGGAAUACACCGAGGACUGUUUGGAGCCAGAGACUGGAGGGGUGGGAAACGAUGUGCCGGAAGGAGUCCUGUCUCAAAAAGCGGUGGCAAAUAAUAAUGUUCUGAUCACAGAGGUAUCACAGGCAACCCGCCACCAACAGCCAGCACCACCCAUAUAUGAGGACCCAUUUGAACGUUCCCUGAAAUACAUGGAGAAGCACAACAUUCUGCAGAUAUUCCAGGAAAUGACAGAAAACUUGGUUUAUGAGAAGCCGGAAGAGCCGUUACAGUUCAUGCUGCAGAAGGUGCAGUCCAUGAUCUCCAGCAAGAAGGAACAAUAAUAAAUCUCACCAGCCUGUUCCCUUUGUCGUCUCCCCGCCAUUAACCCCCGAGGUCACACGUUAUCCAGAGCUGAAUGAUGAAAAUUGGUGGUACUGGGGCGAUGUAAACCUCCAAAUGAAUUUUCUCCCCCGUAUUCCUUUUCCUCAUAAAAGCAAUAGUAAUGUCA